AUGGUUUCUGGGGUUCUUGCGGUGCUUGGGCGGCUGUGGAUUGUAUUCCUUGCGUGCCUGCGUGGAGCGGAGAUUACAACAACGCAGCCCACUAUCUUACCUCUGGCCACCAAAAGCCCUGCGGGACCCAGGUUGCAAAAUAGGCAGAAGAGACCCAAUGAACGUGCUGUUGAUACUGAUCCGCUAGCUGCUUGGCAGGAAUCGAAGCAGCAGUUUCUGCGACAUCCAAGUCUUCGACGGUCGACGAACCGGCAGCCGAUGCCAAAGCCAGAUAAGGGAAAGAAAAGAGAGAGAUACAGUCGGUUUGUUCCUCCCACGUUUAUGAUCCAGGACUGGACCUAUACGCAAAAGCCUCCUCGUCGCCCUCCGCGACCUCCGUCUGGUCCUGUCCCUGCUGUUAUCGUAACACCAUGCACGCCGACUAUGAGCCUGCAUCAUGACUUCUCCGACACACCUACGCCGGCUCCCCGUGUAUCACCGCUCGUGUACUCAACGGGCAAUGAAGAUAUUCCUAUGAAGGCGGUAGCACGGGAGAAACCUACUAAGCCGUCGAAAAUCGCGGAGAGCGCAGAGCUAAAUAUUGACUUGGAGGAGGACAGUUUAUUCAACUCUCCUCGGAACUCGGCGCCUAUUCGCGGCCCCCGACGGUCUCUUAACAUUCCUGAUUCUGUAAAGACCAUUGGAUUUGGGCCUUCCCAUGUGCUCUCAGUUGCCUCUGAUACCGUGUGCGACGAACCUUCAUGGACCAGUGAUAUCUCUGUCACGGAACGUUUGGUGGCCAGAGUUGCGUCAUAUAUUACGAGCACCCCUGCAAAGCGGCGUCUGGACACUCUGAUAGAGGAAAGUGAACACAGUGGCUCGCCUCAAAUAAAUAUCAUUAGCUCUCCCUACAAUCCGGUUCUCACAGAUGCAGAGAAAGACACACUCCCUUACCCAGAUGUGUUCGACAUAGACAUGUAUUAUGGUGCAGAGAGCCACCGCAUCAGUAUUCCGCGUCGGGUGCAGAACCCGUCAUCCAAGAACCGCCGUUCCUUGCAGGUCAGAAAUCGAGGGUCAACGUCCUCUAACUCCUCCCCCGAUGUUAGCAUCGUCGAGCAAUCACCGCGAUCUGUAAAGCGUUUUGGAUACAUCCCCGAUUCGCAAACCGGGAACAAAUCAAUAUCGCCAAUACACGAGGUAAAGCGGUAUAGAGAUCAUUAUAGACCGCCCGCAUACACCUUCCCUCCUAGUCAGGUGUCGCCGAAUUCGAGCGGGGAGUCGUCGGCACACAUGGGAAAGCCACUUCCACUACCUCCCAAACCGUCGAAAACGUCUCGUGUGCUCACCCCAUCACCGCUGGGCAAUAUCACCAACGCUUCUUCCCCUACAACGACAAAACCCGGGUCGUUCAGCUCACAUUCCACCGCGGGGAGAUUUCCAUACAACGAACCUUCGCCGUCGCCUAUAAAGGAGCCCACACAUAUGUAUCCUCCACCGCCAAUAGUGGUCAUCUCUCACCACCGAUUCAGCUCCUAUUCAUUGACGCCGGAUGAAUCACGCCUGACCGGGUCUGAGGGUUCUCAGGAGCUGCGAGAUCGACUGCGUGAAGCCUGUGACAACUUCGCCAAGUCUGUGUGGACGGAAGACUCAUAUUCGAUGGAGGCUGUUGCUUUGAACUGA